AUGACACUGUCUUCAACGCUGAAGAAGUACAUCCAUCUCAAUACCAGCACUGCCUCUAACACGUCUGCCUCUGACGCUUUGGACACUAUAGGAGACACAGACACCACCCACACAGACACCACCCAUACAGACACCACCCAUACACCCAUCAAUACCCUCCACCUUCCCCUCCCUAACGAAAUACAACGCUUGCAACGCGCCAAUCUUCCGUCAAUGUCGUCUCCUAUAGAUAUCUUUGAACGAUCUGUCCAGCCAGCGGCACCAUCACCCGAUCAAGCACGAAAUGCCGCAUCUUCAACUCAAAUGGCCGCAUCAUUCACUACUUCAAGCUUUAAUACAAACACCCCCUCCCUUGUUGGAUCCCCAAUAACUUCUCCACCAUCACUGGCAUCUCCCUCAAGAUCCUCUUCCUCUCAUAUACUCAGUGAAAAUUUCACCGCUCCAGUGUUGGACUCCACCGUCGAACUCAUUAGUAAUAACUUAUGGGACGACCUCGACGUUGUCCAAGUUCCUCAUUCUCAUCCAAAAUUGAACUUGUUCAAAGCCUCAACUGAUUUGCCCCUAUCCAGAUGCUCAUCUCCAAACACAAACCCAAAUUCGAAAAGAAGACCUUCAAAUGCAGCAUCCAUUGUACCUAAUAUUAAUACAGCCAUUGAUGGUGUCAGUUUAGGUCACAUACCCACUCGUUCUAAUACCCGCUCAAAAUCCAUAUCGUCAAAAGAUUCCACAUUGCAUUUGGGACCCAACCAGUCAAGAAAAUCCAUUUCUUUCUACUCCUAUUCUGAUCUCUGCAAUUACGAGAAUUUGACAAAGUCCCUCUCAAACCUCUCCGAUCAGGAAACCUCAUUCAUCUCCCAGAUACCGCUAACAGCCUCCUUGAAACAUAUACCCUCAUCGAGACGCUCUACAAUUCAUGGAUCUCCAGAAGACUCCGAUGCAAAAAUCGACCAAGAACUGGGUCCAGACGAUGGCGCAUCUCAAUAUUCAAACCAUUCAAACCAUUCAAACCGUUCAAACCGUUCCCAUUAUACCGAUAACGACACAGCGUCAGUCAAAUCUUGGGUCCCAGAAAAUCAUCAAAUACACCCACCUCUGUCAAUGUCUCGUUCUCGGCGCCAGUCUCUUGUAGACGAGCUGGCUAGCAUCAGGAGCUGCACCACAAAUAACUCCUACUUCGAAGAUGAAUUUCAAGACUUGACGGAACUAAACGAUCCCCUUGUCAACGUCUGCUCUGCUAGCCAGUAUAUUGACUCCAGAACUCAGGAAUUAAGAAAAUGCUGCUCCGGAAACUGA